UGUUGUAAUGUUUACACUCAUGGUACUGAACAAGUAAGUCUUUUUCAUUGGAAGAAAAUUAAAAGACAGAAUUAUGGAGACGGAAUGGAAAAAUCACAAUCGUGACCGGACCCAUUAUGGCUUUGAAGAAAAAGAGAAAAAAUGGCAAGGUCCGUACUUUUUCAUUCAAGCCGCCGACUGCCAAUUAGGGCUGAUUCAAAGGUACCUUGAGAAGAACCCAACGCCUGGCUGGCAACAGGAAAUUGCUUUGACAAAACUGGCAGUGGAAAAAAUUAACAAAAUGAACCAAAAGCCAAAAUUUUUCGUCAUAUGCGGCGACCUCUGUGACGCUUUUCCUGCUAAAGAACCGGCGUUGAGGGCAGAACAGGAAAAAGAUCUAAAAGAUAUAUUGAGUCGGUUGGACCCUUCAGUCCCUUUAGUUUGCGUUUGCGGAAAUCAUGAUGUAGGAGACCAGCCAACGAAGCAGGACCUUUUAUCGUAUCAGUCGUCAUUUGGUGACGAUUUCUACUCCUUCUGGUGUGGAGGAGUUUUCCACAUUGUGGUAAACUCGCAGUUCUGGUUCGACAGCACUUUGGUGCAGGAGGAGGCCGAAAAGCAAGACCAGUGGCUGGAAGAGCAGCUGCGCAUUUUGAAAACUUCUGAAGCAAAAUUUGGGCUGAUUUUCCAGCACAUUCCCUGGUUUCUGUCAGAUUAUGAGGAAGAAGCAACAGUUUACUUUACGCUGCGGCCGGAAAUUCGCCAGAAAUGGUUGCCCAAGUUCAGAGAAGCGGGUGUGAAAGCGGUUUUUUGUGGUCAUUACCACAGAAAUGCAGGAGGAUUUUUUGAAGACUUAGAAAUGGUGACCACAACUGCGAUUGGUGCUCAGCUUGGGUCUGAUGAGUCCGGAAUGAGGAUAGUCAAAGUUUUGUCCGACUCGGUCGAGCACGAAUACUUUCCCUUUGAAAAAUUCCCUGAUAGUGUACAAUUAUAAAACUUAUAUGAAAUUUUACAA